AAAAUACCCUACCGUCAUACGUCGCUGCACGAUGAAAAACGACAGGUCAUACAUGUAUACAACAAUGUGGUAUAACGACACUGCGACGUUUAUAUUUAAAUUUGGACUCAGUGAUUUUAAAGAAUGGAAACUGCGGAUGCUAAACUACAAUCAGAUGACAUAGAUUUGACAGAUGGGGAAAUAAGAAAGAAUAAGAAUACAUCUUCAAGUGAUACACAUUGGAACGAAAUAGCAGAACAAUCUUCCAGCAAUUCCAAAGAAUCAGAAAACACGCCAGAGGAGACUGGUGCAACUGUUAAGAUAGAUAAGCUGGAGAAAUAUCUCGAAGAUGUAUAUCAGAAACAUUGUGAGUUCUCUAUUAGUGAGCAAGAAAUCGAAUUUAUUCGAAAUGGUGUUGAAAAACUGACACUAGAGUACUUGCAGAAAAUAUUCAAACAUCCGCUGUGCGAGAGAAACUCAUGCAAAGUGAACCAUUUCAGUGAAAUAGAACUACUAAAGGUCGGUAGUUUUUAUGAAGGAACUAGGAAUGGUUAUCCAGAUGAGUUUGAUUUUAUCGCUGUAUUAGGAUCAGUGGAUGAAGUGCCGUCUAUAGAUAGGCAUUCGCAUUUUCGAACGGGAGCGUGUGCAUACUCAGGUUUAUAUCAGUCCGCUGAAUUCCCAGAUGCAUCGAUUAGAUUUGGAUUUGCUUCAGGAAUUUUAACAAAGAUAAACAGGUUAGAAUUUUUGUACAGAUAUGGAAGAGAAGAAAUAACAAUUGAUAUCGACGUUGUUACUGCAUUACGAUGUAACAAUACGGAAAAAUAUUACUGUGAAGGUGGCGUUUUCAACAAAAAUUUCUUCCAGGAGAUACUCAGUACUGGGAGUUUUCUUUUCAUUUAUACAGGGUCAGUGACCUCGAUUUCAUCUGAGGAAGAUGGCUUUCGUUGCCAUGAUAGUCCUUGGGAUAAAACCAUUACGGAAACUGAAAAACGAUUUGUACGGGAUAUUCUUAGCAAAAAGCACAGAAAAGUAUAUCAAAUUCUAAAGUAUAUCAUUAAUGGAUAUUUUGGAGAGGAUCUGUUCAAAUAUUUGGACUGUGACUCCCAAUCUGAACGCCCAUAUCCCUCCGGAAGUGGUUUCUGUAUCUCCUCAUAUACAAUAAAAGUUGCAAUAAUUCACCAUCAUUAUAAAUGCAACAACGAUUCCAAGAAAGUUGGUGACUGUGUUCUAGAAUUACUGAGAUACCUAUUGUUACCAUAUGAACAUUAUAACAGAGGUUUAGUUUGUAUGCAUUCCUUGCUUUAUGUAGACUGGAAUGGUUCGCGGAUUGGGAGGGGAAAAUAUGCGUUUCUGGGAAUAUUUUACUGGUGCUUGAUGGCAUUUAUAAAUAGACUGGCAUCAUUGAAAAACCACUCUGAUGGAUUGGACAAAUGUACACAUGAUCUUGAAAACUCCUUUAUGGAGAUGGCUCUUCGUCUUGAUAUAUUUCAUAAUUAUGAGCAACGCCUGUCAAAAAUGAAUGAUGAAUACUCGGAUAAGCACAUCUACCCGAAAAUUUGCAGACUGCUCAAAAAGCUCAAAAACUACAAUGAGAAACGAAAUGCUGUCCCCGACUGCCAGUGGUGUGACUAUCCGAUUGUCAUCAAUAUGGCCCACAAAAGACGACCAUAGUUAUUUUUUUAGAAUGCCAUCAUAUGCACUGUUUCUACAGUUAACUGUCAUGCGCAUGACAUAUUUAGAUAAAAAAAAAGAUGCAUCGGAAUACCUCAGUUUAUUGUAUGCUUUUUCCAUAUGAUGACCGAUUGACGAUAAGUACAUAUGUUUGGGCGGUUCAAAAUACUAAAAUUGCUAACUGCGACUGAAUUUAUUUCUGCCAAAUAAACUUAAAACAUGA